AUCGCGCAGAGUGAGUGACGCGCGGGACAGCCCUCUCACUCGGGCUCUGCUGUUUCGUAAACACAGCAGUAAAGGUGUGGUUUCAAUCCAAAACCGAGCAGCUUCCGACUAUUCACUCCAGAGCUCAGUAUCUGCGCAACAGGAGAAGGAGGUGGAGGAGGUGGAGACGCGCAGCCCGAAAGAAACACGACAUAAAACACACCACUUUGACUUCACCAGCAGCUCCACAGACAUGAGUAUGUACGGCUCCAACCCCAAACUGGCCACGCUGGGACCGAGGACUAACUCCAGACCGGAUUUGUCCAACUUCCGUAACGACGUUUUUCUGAGUGGGAACGGUUACGCAGGGGAGUACCAUGACGGGUACGCGACCACCUACUCCAGGACGUCCAUGCACGGAGGAGGGGGUCACGGGGGGCAGAAGGUGGCCAUGAGCAUGGUGGGGGGCGGCGGAGGAGGUGGAGGUGUGAUCAGCACACAGGCGAUCCAGCAUAAGUCCAACCUUCUCACAAGUCAGUGCCACGAAUUCCUCCAAAGAGCAAAGAGCAUCCUGCAGAGCGGCGGUCCUCCCAUCGAAGCCGAGAAGCAGCUGGCGAUGGCCCUGGAGUCGAUGGAACAGCUUAAAAUCUGCGGAAUGGAACUGCAGCACCUGCGGAUCCCGAACGACGUCUUCAGAAAUUUGGACCAGCUCCAGCACAUGCACGCCGCCAUCCAGCAGCAGUUUGGAGGAGGCAUGGGCACGAGGAGGAAGAGGACCAGCGUCGGGUCGGGGGACGGGGGGAGGCUUUACAGCGACGCCAUGGCUUGGAUCGCACAACAGAAGCGCAUGAUUGAAACCGCUCCGUUCGGGGACGACUCGGCCACGAUCGAAAAGCAGAUCUCCGCUCACCAGAAAACCCACAGCUCCCUGCAGCGGAACCCGGAGGUGGACCGAGCCAGAGACGACCUGAACAUGAGAAACGACAAGUACAACCUCUACACACUGGAACAAGAAUGGGACACUCUGCAGAAAAUGUCCCACAGUCGCCUGAGUCAACUGCGCGAGCUGCAGAACAUCAUCGAGGACAUCUCCAGAGCGAUCAUGUGGGUGAACGAACGAGAGGAGGAGGAGCUGGUGUUCGACUGGGGAGACAAAAACAUCGACAACUACAUCCCCAAGAAACAGGAGAGCUACUCGAGGCUGAUGCGAGACCUGGAGGAGAAAGAAAAGGAGCUGAACAAACUCAAAGUCAAAGCAGAUGGACUCCUGACCAGUAACCACCCGGCCGCAGAUAAGAUAGAGGCCUACAUGGACACGCUGCAGACUCAGUGGAGUUGGCUUCUGCAAAUCACCAAGUGCAUCCACGUUCACCUGAAGGAGAACGCCGCCUACAGCCAGUUUUUCAAAGAGGCCAAUGAGACGUACACCAAACUGCAGAAGGAGCACGAGACGAUCCGGAGCAAGUUCACCUGUGACAAGAACACCCCGAUGGAGAACCUGGUGGAGCUGCUGAGGAACCUGGAGAGAGAGAAGGAGCGUAUUAUGGAGAACAGGAGGCAGGUCCAGAGUCUGGUGAAUAAAUCCAAGGCUAUUGUUCGUCUGAAACCUCGUAACCCCGAGGACAAGAGCAGCAGCCCCGUCAUCGUCCAAGCUCUGUGCGACUUUAAACAAGAUCAGAAGGGGAUUCUCAAAGGAAACGAGGGAAUCCUCAAAGACAAUUCCCAACGCAGCAAGUGGCUCGUGACCGGACCUGGAGGACUCGACAUGCUCAUCCCGUCUGUGUGUCUGCUCAUCCCCCCACCAAACCCACUGAGCAUCGGACUGGCCAACAAGAAUGAGCAGUACUACGAGGCCAUUAUGGGCAUCUGGAACCAGCUCUACAUAAACAUCAAGAGUCUGAUUUCGUGGCAGUACUGCGUCAAAGACAUAAACUACAUCAACACUCUGACUCUGAGCAUGUUGUCAAAGAUGCGUCCUGAGGAGUAUCGCAGUAUCAUCAAGAGGCUGGAGACGCACUAUCAGGAGUUCUUACGCAGCAGCCAGGGCUCGGAGAUGUUUGGAGAAGACGACAAGAAGAACAUCCAAGGACAUUUCGACAAGGCCCAGAACUACUACGACGCUCUGAUCAUCCAGCUGCCCACGUACACUGGAGAGAUCAAAGAAGAAAUCGUACAAGAAGAAAUCAAGGAAACCAAAGGCGAACCCAAAACCAAAACGGACCAAACCACCAAAGAAGUGACGGUGACGGAGGUGACCGUGACCAAGACGACUCCGCCCACGUCCAAGCUGAGUGUGGCUCUGCUCAACAGCCUCCACGACCUGAGGUACCGUCUGCAGCAGGCGGAGGUCGACCUGACCGGCCACCUCCACAUGCCCCUGGGAGAGAACAGCCUCCACGAGUGCUCCGUACACAUCCAGAAACUACAGCUGGUGCACCAAGACCUGGACGCGAUGCACGACGACUACCUUCGCCUUCGGGAGUCCAUCAUUAAACAGCUGGAGGGCAUCUCACCCGACUCUGAGCAGGCCAAGUUCCUCCGCGCCGAACUGGAAUUCAUCAACCAGAAACUCGGAGGGCUCCAGGGGCUCCAGGGUACUUAUCUGCAAAGGCUGACGGCGCUGAAGGGCCUGCUGCAGAGUCUGCUCCAGGCCGAGGACGUGAUCAAAGUUCACGAAGCUCGUCUGACGGAGAAGGAAACCACGUCUUUGGACCCGAACGAGAUCGAGCACUACCGCAGCACGUUAAAGCAAAUGAAAAGUGAACUGGACCACAAGAGAGACCUGCUGAAUUCCCUAGAGUCCAACCUUUCCACGGCGAUCCACUGGAACAGCCAAGUGCCCGACUCCUUCCACAAGUGCGACAUCGACCUGUCCAAGUACAGCGACCUGGUCAACCAGAUGAUCGACCGCUGGCGCCGCAUACACGGGCAGAUCGACAACAGAAUUUGGGACUUGGAGAAGCAUGAGAAGCAGGUGAAGCAUUAUCAGCAAACGAGCACUUCCCUGAACCAGUGGAUAGACAAUGCCAGGAAGCGUCAGGACAAUCUGCAGCUGGUCAAGCUCAAUGACAUCCAAGUGCUGACCGACCACCUCAACCAGCAGAAGUCGUUGCACACUGAAAUCAAAAUGAAGAAGGACAAAGUGGAGGAUCUGCAGAAGAACGCCGACUCUUGUGCUGCUUCUAUCAAGGACUAUGAGCUGCAGCUCGCGUCCUACAGCGCUGGACUGGAGACUCUGCUCAACAUCCCCAUCAAGAAGACAAUGAUCCAGUCCCCAGCGUCUGUCGUGAGAACCGAGGCUAAUGAACUGCAGUCUCACUACAUUGAGCUGCUGACCCGCUCUGGAGACUACCACAGGUUCUUGGGGGAGAUGCUCAAGACCAUGGAAGAGCUAAAGAUCAGAAACACAAAAAUUGAAAUGCUUGAGGAAGAAAUGAGACGUCUAAAGGAUGAGCUGAAUGACCGUAACCUCAAAAACAAAAACCUGGAAGAUGAACUGGCGCGGUUAAAGAUGGAGCUCGGUGGAUACAAAGAUCAGCUCAUUUCCAUGGAAGAAAUCAAGCGCACCUCUGUUAUACAAGUUAACGCUACCAGGGAGAGUCUUGAUUCCACUCAAACCCAACUCCAAGAUCUUAAUGACCAGCUCACCCGCCUGAAAUACCAGCUGGAGGAUGAGAAGAGAAAGAGGAGAUUGGCUGAAGAACGUUAUACCAGCCAGCAAGACGAGUAUGAGACUGCUGUUCGUAAAAGGCAGAAAGAGCUUGAAGAACUGAACUGGGCAAGGAUUGACCUGGAAAAGUCUGUGAAAGAUAAAGAACGUGAACUGGAGAGGAUGAAAAUACUGCUCGAGGAAGAAGCAGCAAGGCGCAGGACUGCCGAGACGGAAUCCUCUAAGGUAAGAGCACAGUGCAGCCAGGAACUUAAUCAACUUAAACAAUCUUACGAGACUCAAAUCCACGUGACCAAGACGACCAUCUUGCAAGAGUCCAAGCAGCGCGAAGACGACGCUACGGAAUGGAAAAUGCAAUGUGAUAGACUGGCAGCAGAGAAGAGAGAUCUAGAGGAGGAGCUGAGGAGGUUGAGAAUGUCCAUUGCUCACAGCGAGGAGCAGAAGAACAGAGCAGAGCAGGAGGCCGACCAGCAGAGGGCGGCGUUCAGUCAGGAGACGAGAGCCCGCACUGAACUGGAGAUGCAGAUUAGGAGCCUGAUGCAACAAAGAGAGGAUGAUGACAUGAAAGUAAAGGAAGUCAGCAAGAGCAUCCAGGAGAAGAGCAGGCAGAUAAGCGUCCUCACGUUCAACAUAGAAGAAGAGGGCAAAAAGAGACGAGCACUCGAGUUGGAACUGAAUCGUUUGAAACAGUCUGAAGCAGAUUUGAAAGCAAAGAACGCCUCCUACAUUGAUACGAUUAACAAGAUGAAGGUAACAGAACAUGAGAUUCGUAUUACCAAAGUAGAGCUGGAGAAACAGACCAGCGAGAAGGCCAUGGCGGAACAAAACUCAAACAAACUUCAAAACCGCAUCCGGGAACUUCAGUGCUCGUUGGAUAACAUGGAAGGCGAGCUGGAAAGACAGAAGAAGUCCACACAAGAGGAGUUUACCAGAAGGAAAAGAAUGGAAGCAGAGCUAGAAAGAAUGAGCCAAGUCUGCAAAGAACACACCACAACUAUUACGUCGCUCAAGUCCAUCCAAAUCGAGUCGACGAGUGUGGGGAAAAAGUACGAGCAGGAGAUGAAAAACCUAAAACAGGAGCUUGAUAAGAGUUUGAGGGAGCAUAAGAGAACGAAAGAAGAGCUGGCGGCAGCGCUAGCAGAGAUAAAAGCGCUAAAAAGCAAGUUGCAGCAAGAGCAGGUGAAAGUUCAGGAGAUGAACCAGCGCAAUGAAACCUUAUACAAAACCAUUGAGGAGAAGAGCCGCCUGCUGAACGACCACACAAACGAGAUCGAGAAGUUGAAAAGUUUGACGCAGAAUUUGACGAAGGAGAGGUUGAGGAUAGAGGAAGAGUUGAGAGUAGUGAAGCAGGACAGAGAUGAUAUAAAGAGUAGAAAGGAUGCUGUUGACGGAGAAAGUGCGGCUCAGAUUUCUUCGCUGCACAUCCAGCUUCAGAGUAGCACCAAGAGAACGGCAGAGCUGCAGUCCCUCAUCAACGAUCUGACCAAGGAGAGGGAAAAGCUAAAAAUGGAAAUAGACAAAAUCCAAAAGCAGUCGAUUGAGACUACCAUCCUGGUUCAUGAAUCUCAAAGCAAGUACACCGACAUGCUCCGGGAGAAGGACAACCUGCUCGCAAAGAUCAAACUCCUCGAACAAGAGAAAAACCGCAACUGCAGAUCCGAAGAUGAACUCAAUCGCAUUAAAAUCACAUUGGAAACUGAACUACGCAACAAGCAGCGACUCCAGGAUGAAAAGAACAACAUCGUUAAGGAGCUAACCUACAUCAAGAGCCAGUACGAGCUGAGGGAUAGUCAAAUUAAACAGCUAAACACUGAUAGAGACAGAGGCGAUCGUGAGAGGCAGUCCCUGAAGAGCCAGCUUGAGAAGUUGAUGUUGGAGCUGAGGACGGUGGAGGAAAGAUACAAGAACCGGCUGGUGUGUUCUGAGAAGGAGGUAUCCGAGCUGACCCUUAGGAGAGAGGCCCUGGAAAGAGAGAUCAAAAGACUCCAGCAAAGACCAAAUGUUUUGACCAGACAGACACAAACCGAUGAUAAAGGAACAAACAUCGAUCCGUCCAAGUUAGUAUUUGAUGGCGUUCGACGCAAAGUCACAGCCCACCAGCUCUGCGACUGCGGCAUCAUCAGCAAACACACCCUAGACCUGCUUUUAAAAGGCAAGAAGACCGUGGAAGAGAUCGCCAUAGACAUCCAAGUCAAUCUUAAAGGCACCGGGAUCAUCGCUGGCAUAACAUCUGGCUCUCACGGAAAAAUGCCAUUCACAGAAGCUAAAAAUAGGAAUCUCCUAAGCAGGGACAGCGCAAUACUGCUGUUGGAAGCCCAGGCAGCGACAGGCUACAUGGUGGACCCAACAUUUAAUGAGAAGAUGCCAGUUGAUACGGCUUGUUCCAGGGGCAUUGUCGAUACAGACGACAGAGACACCUUGCUAACAGCUGAAGCGGCUAGCACAGGUUUCAAAGAUCCAUACUCUGGAAAACUUCUGUCAGUUGGCCAGGCUUGCAAACAAGGACGGAUAAACAAAGAUCUCGCUCUCCGUUUGCUCCAAGCUCAGGAGGCUGUAGGAGGCAUCAUAGACCCUGUGUUGGGUGUCUUCCUUCCAAAAGAUGUGGCGUUGGAUCGCAAUCUGAUUGACGAAGAUAUGUACAGGGCUUUGAACAAGAAGCCAGCCUGCUACAUCGACCCUUCUUCAGGGGCGAAGAUAAGCUAUAGUGAUUUGAGAAAGAAGUGCACCGUGGAACCGGUUUCUGGCUUACUUUUGCUGCGUGGCCCAGACAAACCUUUGACUGUAAAAGGAUUGAGAGGUGAGGUCACUGUUGAUGAGCUGAUCAAAUCUGAGCUGCUGACUGACAGCGAUUUGCAGAAGUUAAACGCAGGAAAACUCACAAGCAAAGAUAUCGAAGACAAACUCAAGAAGUAUCUGUAUGGUUCGACUUGCAUUGCUGGCAUUUACGACGAGGUCCAUGACAGAAUCAUGCCCUUCUAUCAGGCUAUGAAAGAAGGCCUGCUCAUGAGAGGAACCACCUUAGAACUCCUGGAAGCCCAAGCAGCAUCAGGCUUCAUUGUCGAUCCAGUCAACAACCUCUUCCUCCCAGUUGAAGAGGCUGCAAAAAGAGGUCUGGUUGGAAAAGAAUUUAAAAACAAGUUAUUGUCCGCAGAAAAGGCAGUAACUGGAUACACUGACCCACACACUGGAAAGACAAUCUCCCUCUUCCAGGCUAUAGAGAAAGAACUUAUAGAAAAAGGUCACGGGAUACGCUUACUGGAGGCCCAAAUAGCGAGCGGUGGGAUUAUUGAUCCCAAAGAGAGCCACAGAAUUGACGUUGAUGUGGCCUAUAAAAGAGGAUAUUUUGAUAAAGAGAUGAAUGAGAUCCUAAGUUACGAGGGAGAUGACACAAAAGGUUUCUUCGACCCCAACACUCAAGAAAACCUUACAUAUCUUCAACUGAAAGAUAGAUGCAUUACUGAUGCGAAGACUGGUCUAAUUCUGCUGCCACUGAAAGAUAAGAAAAAAAUUCAGAAAAAAGAGACGAGCCGCACCAAUGUUCUCCGCAAAAGGCGUGUCGUGAUCGUGGACCCAGACACGGGGCUGGAAAUGUCCGUCAGGGAAGCCUAUCACCGAGAACUCAUCGACUAUGACACCUUCCUCGACCUGUCCGAGCAAGAGUGUGAAUGGGAAGAGAUUACCAUCAAGGGGUCCGACGGCUCCAACCGCCUGGUGAUUGUGGACCGGAAAACUGGAACUCAAUAUGACAUCCAAGACUGUAUGGAGCGCGGCGUCAUCGAAAAAUCAUCCUUGGAGGACUAUCGCAAAGGAACGCUAACACUAACCCAGUUCGCUGACCUGAUCACAAGCAGAACCAGCGGAACAGAGAUGAGCAUCGCCGCCAGCACUGUAGAGGACAUGGUUACCUGUAGCAGCCCCACUCAGCUCGCUCCGUCCUCUCCCACUGUACGCAGACGCUUCAACAGCAUAUCCAUCACUGUUUCCCCACCUACAGUGUUUGACGACCAGAGUCCCGUAGGGGCCAUUUUUGACACAGAAACACUGGAGAAGAUCACAAUUCAGGAAGCAUUCCGUCGCGGUAUUGUCGACAUGAUUACUGCCCAGAGACUGCUGGAGGCCCAAGCGUGCACUGGCGGCAUCAUCAACCCCGCUUCAGGUGACAGGCUUUCCUUGCAAGAAGCAGUUCAUCAAGGCAUUAUUGACGAAAGCAUGGCCACCAAGCUAAAGGCUGCGCAGAAAGCAUACAUUGGAUUUGAAGACGUCAAAUCUAAGAGAAAGAUGUCUGCGGCAGAAGCGGUUAAAGAAACAUGGCUGCCGUACGAAGCUGGUCAAAGAUUCUUGGAGUUUCAGUACCUCACCGGAGGAUUGAUCGAACCUGGCACUGGAAGACGUAUUUCUGUUGAAGAAGCCAUUCACAGAGGCUGGCUGGACGGACAAGGCGCCCAAAAGCUCCAAGACACAAAGAACCAUCAGAAGAACCUAACAUGCCCCAAAACCAAACUCAAGAUCUCCUACAAACACGCCAUGGAUAGCUGCAUGGUUGAAGAAAGCAACGGCAUGAAGAUGUUGCAGGCUUCGUCAGUGUCGACCAAAGGGAUCAGCAGUCCUUACAACGUGUCUAACCCGGGAUCGAGGUCUGGAUCCAGAGCCGGUUCUCGCGCCGGCUCCCAAAGUGGAUCUCGCAGAGGCAGCGUGGAUUACACUGCGUACAGCUAUAGUUACGCUAGCACCACCAGCUCUGCCUUUAGCAACAACUCUUUAUCUUAAUGCACUAUUAAUAUAACUACAGUAUCGAAGACGUCCUUGCGCUUUGCAGUUUGAAUUCACUUUUGUAACAGAUUUGAUAUGAUGUAAAGAACAGCUCUUUGACAUACUAACUUGUGUAAUUGUUUGCUCUGUGGGUGAUGUGGUGCUAAAGACUUUCACGGUUUUGUAGCGUUGCUGUUUAACAAUACAUUGCUGAUUUGUUUUUGUUUUAUUUUUUAUGUAUGGCUUAGAUGUAUUUUUAAAAGGGGGCUUAUUUUAAAAAACCUUUACACACCAAGAGAUUUGCGCUAUUUUAACUUUUUAUUGUACCACGGCUUGGCAACAAUUGAGAAUAUAUAAUAACGAUGAUAAUGUAAGGUAGAUACUUAUGUUUAGAAAGAUCAACUUUAACUGAAUAAAAUACUGAUUUAUGAUUUGGAAAAUAAAGUUUUAAAUUUCUAA